AAAAAUAUUGAUAAGUUUGCAUUAGAUAACGACAAAUUAAAAGUAGUAGUAAUUGAUUUAAAAGAAAAUGUCAAAGAUCUUAUAACUGUUAAAGAUAUAUUACAAUGCGAAAAUCAAAAUUUAAAAGAAAAUAUUGUUAACGCUACUUUUGAAAAUGACAAAUUAAAAGUAAUAAUCGAUAAUUUAAAUGAUAAUAUCAAAAGUCUUACAAACGUUAACAAUGAAUUGGGACUCAAAAAUCUAACAUUAAAGGGAAAUUUUGAAAAUGGUAUUAAUGACCUAAAAUUAUAUAUUGCAGAUCUUACAACUGUUAACAACAAAUUGGGACUCGAAAAUUGCAAAGUAAAAGAUGACUUUACUGCUAUUAACGACUAUUUAAAUGUAGUCAUCGAUAAUCAAAAAGUAUAUAAGGCAUUUAUCAAAGAUCUUACAACUGUUAAAGAUACAUUACAAUUAUACUUCUCCGCUAAUUAA